ACUUUUGGUCUUGCCGCCGUCACCGCAUGUUCCUGUUUGAGCUUCGUUGCGACUCUUUCCGCCUCUACAACUCCAGCAGCUUGGUAUUCAGUGCUUCUCCUUGCGUCGAGCUACUCUCCAGUGUGAUCCGCUUGGAGAACGCCUGUCUGCCCUCUGGAGUCCUGCACCGUUCCUCUUCGAUUCCGGUUCUUGUGUCCUGUACGGCGUUCCAGCCCUCCUCGUUGUGCGUGCGUGCAGUACACACAGAGUCGUUCCUGUGUUCUUCUGACUUCAUCAUGAAGAGGACCUCAUCUGGAGUUCCCGUGGCAGCCGGCCAGCCCUCGACAUCGGGAGCCCUCCAGCCCUCAACAUCGGGGCCAGCACAGGUAUGUGCACCAACACCACCAGGGCUUGGGUGUGUUUUCUGUGGCAAAGGUUUUACUGCUACUCGUAAUGCCAGACGGCACGAGAAAGUGUGUGCAGCUAAUCCUGGCCGCACUGUUAACAACCAGUGCCAUACUUGCGGCAUGUCGUUUUCACGAAUGGAUAAUUUGAACCGUCAUCUGUCAACAUGUCGUGCCACCACCGAGCACAGAUAAGGCUCGAGGUGUAAAUUCUGUGGUCAAGUAUUUGAACAUAGUCGUCAUGCCAGACGCCACGAGCAGAGCCAGUGCCAAUUCAAUCCCGACCGCAUUACAUUUGCAUGCACUACAUGUCAGGGAGAAUUUACCCGCAAAGAUACGCUGUUUGUGCACAGCAAGACGUGCAAUGGCCUGGCUCCCAAGAGACGGCGCGUAGACGCGACCUCCGGCCUGCAACAGCCCGGCCCCAGCACUCGCCCGCAAUACGUGGCAAGUGUGCCCGACCAGGCUCGAGUAGACUUGGAGGCGCAAGCGCCAGACCAGGCUCAGGUAGACUUGGAGGCAGGCGGUACCGGGUUCGUUGAGGCGGAGACUGCGUUCCCCCGCAACUUGAAGACGUAUGUCGCAGAAAACAAUGGUGCGACAAAAGACAUUUGCACGUACAUGGCCCAAAUGAAGAAUAAUCUCGUGAAUCAGAUAACCAAUGAAGUCAAUGAAGAUGGUCCAGUAAAAUUUAAUAUCUGGCUCGAGACACUGCAAGGCGAACAACAUCUGCCUGCCCCAAACCUACGAUCCCAGCCAACCAUCAACUCAUGUUGCGUACCUGGACGCCAACAAUCUGUAUGGGUGGGCCAUGUCGUUGCCUCUUCCAGUCAGCGGCUUCAAGUGGGUGGGCGCUGAUAUCGACGUGAUGUCGAUACCUGACGAGGGGCAGACAGGCUACAUCCUUGAAGUCGAUGUGGAGUAUCCGUCUGCCCUCCACGAGGAACAUAAGGACCUACCGUUCCUGCCCGUCAGCCAGUGCCCACCCGGAUCGCGUCAAACUAAAUUAAUCACAACACUGGAAUCGAAAGAAAAUUAUAUAAUUCAUUUUAGAAACCUGAAGCAAGCUCUCCAGCACGGACUGAGACUCAAGAAGGUGCACAGAGUCCUUGAAUUUAAGCAGCGUGCCUGGAUGGAGCCAUUUAUUACGAAAAAUACGUUGAAACGACAGGCAGCUACAAAUGAUUUUGAAAAGGAGUUCUUUAAGCUCGCCAACAACUCUUCUUUUGGAAAACUCUGUGAGAACAAAUUUCGUUGGCAGCGUAUGGAAUUUGUCUGUAGUGAAGGCAGGCUACGUAAAGUUGUGGCAAAGCCAGCGUUCCAGGACCGAACCAUCCUUGAUGAGUCUCUGACGCUGAUGAGACUACAGCAAGAAACAAUCUUUCUUGACCGCCCAAUAUAUGCGGGGUUCGCGGUCCUGGACUUGUCCAAGACGUUAAUGUAUGGGUUCCAUUAUGACAUAAUGAAAGAAAAAUAUAAGGAUGACAUCACGCUGGCGUACAUGGACACGGACAGCUUCAUAUACGAGAUCAAGACGCGCGACUUCUACCAGGACCUGGCCGACGACGCUGCGCUCCUGGACGAGUUUGACACCAGCAGCUAUCCCAUUGACCACCCCUGCUACUCCCCUACGAACAAGAAGGUAGUAGGCAAGUUCAAAGACGAGUGCAGUGGAGUGGCAAUGGAGGAGUUCGUCGGCCUAAGGGCAAAACUGUAAACCUACAAAUACAAUAAUAAUAUCACAAAAAGGGCCAAAGGUAUACAGAAGUGCGUGGUGAAAAAUAAAAUAUCAUUUGAAGAUUUUCUCGAGGUCCUGGAGCAGCACACGGAGAAGCGCGCAAACGUCCGGUCCAUACGUUCACAUUAUAUGAUAUUAUAUACAGAAUGCUCAAAUAAAUUAGCACUAACAUGGCACGACGAUAAACUCAUAAUAUGCGACGAUGGAAUUCAUACAUUACCGUACGGAUAUAUGGACUGAAUAGAAUUAUAUACAUACGUGAAGGAAAGAGAAUGCUAUAAAGACUGAAUGGUUUUUAAUGAAUUUUUUUCUUCACAUAAAAAACCUUAUAACAUGAAAUGUUGAAACUUGCGUCUGUGCUCGUACGUUUCGCACAGGAUUCUCUGUCGUGGUCCCAGGCUUCUGCUGUGGUAGCCGAGAAAAUGACCUUGACGGGAAUCUGAACCGGAAUGUGCGAGCACAGAGCCGGUGUUUGCCACUUGCUAGCCACUCAUGUACCUGUUAAUGUUGUUGUACAUAGCCUUCACCGUUGGAUUUUUCAUCGUUGGUUUCCUGAGUCCGCUCGUUGUAAUUGUGUUGCACCCACACUGUUUCGUGGUGCUCUUUUUUUUUUUUUUUUAAUUUUUUUGCACCUAGAUUUUUUGGUUUUCUGGUGCUAUUUUUCCUUGUUUUGUUCAUGCACCCACACACACUGUUUCGUGGUGCUAUCUUUUUCAUUGAUUUUUUUGCUCCUACAUUUGUAUGGUUUUCUGGUACUAUUUUACCUUAACUUUUUUGCACCCACACUGUUUCGUGGUGCGAUUUGUUUUCUUCAUGCACCCACAAUAUUCGUGGUGCUUAUUUGGUUGGAAUGGAAGUGGUGGUGUUUUGCACCUACGUUGAUUUGUGGUGCAAGAAUUUUUUGGUUGGUUGGUUGGGAUGGAAGUGGUGGUGUUUUGCAUCUUCGUUGUUUGCGAUGCUACGUUUUUUUGGUUGGUUGGUUGGGAUGGAAGUGGUGGUGUUUUGCAUCCUCGUUGUUUGCGAUGCUACGUUUUUUGGUUGGUUGGUUGGGUUGGAAGUGGUGGUUUUAUGCAUCCUCGUUGUUUGAGUUGCUACAUUUUUUUGGUUGGUUUGUUGGGAUGGAAGUGGUGGUGUUUGGCAUCCUCGUUGUUUGCGAUGCUACGUGUUUUGGUUGGUUGGUUGGGUUGGAAGUGGUGGUUUUAUGCAUCCUUGUUGUUUGCGAUGCUACGUUUUUUUGGUUGGUUGGUUGGUUGGGAUGGAAGUGGUGGUGUUUUGCAUCCUCGUUGUUUUGUGGUGCAAGCAUUUUCUUGGUUGGUUGGUUGGGAUGGAAGUGGUGGUGUUUUGCAUCCUCGUUGUUUUGUGGUGCAAGCAUUUUCUUGGUUGGUUGGUUGGGAUGGAAGUGGUGGUUUUCUGCACCUACGAUGUUUUUGUGGUGCUGUGCUCUCUUGGUUGAUUGGUUCGGAUAGACGUGGUGGUUUUAUGCACCUACGUUAAUUUGUGGUGCUACAUUUUUUGGUUGGUUGGUUGGGUUGGAAGUGGUGGUUUUAUGCACCUACGUUGAUUUUGGUGCAAUACAUUUUUUUUUUACACUCAUGCGUUUUACACUGAUGCGUUUUUUUACACCGAUGCGUUUUUUUACACCAAUGCGUUUUUUUUAUGCAUCGAUGGGCUCCUUACGACGAUGGUGUCAAGACGAUGGGCUCCUAACAUCGAUGGUGUCAUGAUGAUGGGGACACUACGAUGGGCUCCUAUCAUCGAUGGGGUCAUAACGUUGGGCUCCUUACAUCGAUGGUGUCAUGUCGAUGGUGUCAACGCUGGACUGUUACGCCGCUGGGUUCCGCAGUCGUUGGCAUGCAAGAUUUCGGCGUUGUGUGUCAACGCUGGACUGUUACGCCGCUGGGUUCCACAGUCGUUGACAUGCAAGAUUUCUGCGUUGAUACAUCGUUGUUACUGGUCUAUUUCAGCGUUUGUAUGUGACAUAUGAUAGUUUAAGCACGUGCUUUGUGUCAAUGUAUUAUAUGCUAGAUCUUUCUGGUAGACUUGCAUCGUUGUAAUGGGCCACGGCUAAAUAGAGACGUUGUUCAUAAGUACUUGACUACGUAUGUGAUGUAUAUUGCAUAUGGAGGCAAGGGGCUUGUGCGUGACCAGCCUGUUUAGCGGUGUCGGUCUCCAGCCCGUUCCAAACACAGAGAGCUGCGAUUCAAGCUUUUUGUUUAAAUUACUAAUAUUCUGUUUAAGUAUUUAGCAGGUGAGCGGUUGCUGGGAUGGAGAGAGAGAUUCAGCGUGAGGAGGAGAGAGCCGGUGAGAUGGAGAGACGGCGGGACGAGAAUGGUCUGCUGGGAAGAGAGAGAGGGCUGCGAAUCUACACUCUCACACAUGUCAAA